AUAGAACCGAGGCAGAUAUCUGCAGAUAAAAAUUCGACAAGCAAAAGGUAGUCAUGAAAGGUCUUUUGAUUUUAGCUGUCACUUUUUGUCUCUUGGCUCUUGCUUUCUCCCAAAGCUGCCCUUGUCCUACUGAAGAUGAGCUUAUUGGAAAGUUCAACGAAGUGUCUCAAACCAAGAAUAUGAGCGACUGUGAUGGGCGUAUGUGUAUGCUGGAAUACGAUGACCUUGACCACGAUGACCAUGAUCAUGGCCAUCACCAUCGCCGCCGCAAUGAGGGCCAUCACCAUAAGAACUGUUUUAAUUGUUCAACAAUGUAUGAACUUUGCCAUGAUAUUAUUCUCGGACUCGGUCUCACAACUCAAGAAUGCCUUAGUGAUCGUUUUCGUAAUGGUACUGAAGGAUCUUCCAAGCCCACUACAGCUCAAGCUUAUGGAUAUGGUUUCCUCAUGAUCUGCCUUGUCUGUCUUUGUGCAUUGAUUGGAAUUUUCCUGGUUCCUGUCAUAAGAAAUAAAUCCCAAGGUGGUCGUCUGUUAUUUGAAUAUACAUAUGCCUUUAUAUUUGCUAUUGGAGUUUCUGCUUUACUAAGUGAUGCUGUAUUGCAUCUUAUUCCUCAUGCACUUGGUCUUCAUAGUCAUGGUCAUCAUGAAGAAGAUGAUGACCAUGAUCAUGAUCAUGAUCAUCAUAGUGAUGAGGAAGAAUCUGAGGAGCAUGCGUAUCUUUGGAAAGCAAGUCUGGUCCUACUUGGAAUUUAUGCAUUCUACUUGAUAGAGGUGGCAAUGCAUGGACUUAGUCACUACUUGACGAAAAAAUCAAAAUCUGGUGAACCUCCUCAUGCUACCAAUCAUGCUGCUCCAGUUGAAGAUGGGAACUAUUCAGCAGAAAUGAAAGAAACUAAAGAAGAUAAAGAAGAUAAGCCUGCACAGGAUCAGCCAAUAGUUGAUAUGAAAAAGCCUUUUUUCUCACGUAUCGAACCGGUUGCUUGGUUGGUUACUGUUGGUGGUGCUUUGCAUAAUUUUGCUAAUGGUUUAGCUCUUGGAUCUACUGUUGUUCAAAGUCUUACUCUUGGACUAAGUAUAAUGUUUGCACUCGUAUUUCAUGAGAUAACACAUGAGCUAGGAGAUUAUGUCAUUCUUAUUAAGUCUGGUUUAAAAUGGAGCAGUGCCUUGUUCUUUAACUUUAUUUCAUCUCUUUUUGCAAUUCUUGGUUUCUUUAUUGGCGUUGCAAUCAGUUCAAACAGUGAAGAUGCUAGCACUUACAUACUUGCUAUCACUGCUGGGUUGUUCCUUUACAUUUCUUUGACUGAUUUGCUUCCUGAUUUAGUCCAUGGUGGGACUUACAAGUUGUCUAAGAGUGGUUGGCAAUUUGCUAUGAGGUUCCUGUUGGUUAAUUUAGGUUUCUUUAUUUCCUAUGCACUUCUUCUUGUUUUGGCACGUUAUGAAGAGGAUCUGGAUGAACUCAUAAACUAAUUCUAAUAAUUUUGAGGCUAUUUCAUUUAUUUUGCAGCCUUUGUUACUGUAAAUAAUUCCUUUCACAAGUAGUUUCAUCUUAUAAAAUAGAUUUUUCUUAGAGAGUCCAAUAAAAAGUCUA